CCCAGGCCGAAGUAAUUUUUUUUCCUGGCGAAACAUCCUUGGUUGUAUUACCGGAAUCAUCCCAGGGGUUUCCGUGGCCAUCAUUAGGCACGACAACUAACUGCAUUAUGUCAAAUAAUAAUGAUUAUUGUUUUCUGAAGUUUCAAUAAUUGUUUCUCUAUGGUUUAUGGUUAUUAAUUGAGCUGUAUUUCUGCCUGCUGGCAUGGCUAUAGAGUUAGAGUUGCAAACCUCUCUUUAAGCAAGAUUAUUUUACAACAUAGUUCUUAAGUAGCAUAUAAUUAUAAAGUACCACAUAUUACAAAUGAGUCAAUUUAAUGAAUAUUUGACAUUAGAGGCGGAAGCAAGCUCAUUACUGAAUGAUAUGAAAUCUCUAUUGAACAAUAAAUUAUACAGUGAUGUUAAGUUUGCAAUUGGUAAUGAAAAAGUUCUCUUUCAUGCUCAUCGUUGCAUCUUGGCUUUAAGAUGUCAAAUUUUUGCUGACAUGUUUAAAGAGAUGCCUAUAACAGAUGAGCCAUUUUUAUUUCCAGAUCUUCAGAGUGAUGCUUUUAUGCUUGUAUUGGAAUUUAUUUACACUAACAAAUGUAACGUUUUGAAAUCUGAUGUUAUUUUUGUAUUAUCUACAGCUUUGGAAUUUGGUGUAAUGGAGUUAGUUAAGGUCUGUGAAAAAUAUUUCGAAGAAAAUGUAACUUUAGAAACUGCUUGUCAAGCAAUGCAGGCUGCAGUUACAUUUGGUUUGGACAGUUUUAAACGCUCUUUGUUGCCAUUUUUUCGCCAAAAUACAGCAGAAAUUUUUAAUACAAGUUCGUUCAAUGAGUUGAGCGAGGAGACAUUAGCUUAUAUUCUUCAAGAUGAUGAACUCAAUAUGGAUGAAUAUGACAUUAUAAAAGCUGUUGAAAACUGGACACUCGUAAAUUCUGUUGCUUUGGAUAAGCCUGCUAGUGAAGUGUCUCGAUCAGUUGUAUGCAAUGUACGUUUACCACUCCUUUCAUCUGAUGAAUUAGCAGAGAUUGAAUGUUUAAAUGUAAAAAACCAUUUUAUACCUAUUGAGCAAAUAUCAUUAGCUUGGAAGCAUAUUGCACUUAAAACUCCACUAAAUGCAUCUUUUGAAACUACACCACGUACUGGAACUCGCAUAAGAUGAAUAUUUUACAAUUAUUUUUAACUUUUUUUAUAAAUAUUUAUGUGAACAUAUUUAUAGUUUAAAUAACGACAAUCACUGAUUGAUAUUUAAAUUUUAUGUUGGAUUUUUUAUUUAAAUUUUUUUUUAAAUGAUUUUGGUAAAAAUAUAUAUAUAUAAAAUAUAAAAACAACACACUAACUCACAAAAGCAACCAAUCAAAAGCACACUGCAACCAACAGUUUACAGAUUAUACAUAAACAUUUAAAAAUUUAGAAAAUGGCAACAUGGUAUUGACUCUUUAAGCAUACAAUAGUUAUGUAUUGCUUUUAGUUAUAUUAUAUAGUUUUAUGUUAGUUAUACAAAAUAAUAUAGAACUAUGUUAUUAUUUUUUAUGUACAUAAUGGAAUAUCAAUGAAAUAUAAAAGCAUAAAAGUA